UCGCCCAACUUGUCGGACGGGAAAUCUGCCAACGUUUGGUAUUCUGUAGGGAAAUUAGUUAAAAGUCGGAUCCAACGUGUCACAAAUGUGUUUUAAUGUGAAAUUAAAGUGUCCGUGAACCGAUCGAAAUCAUAAUUCGGAAAGUUUGCGAGAUAGUAAGCAAGAAAAAAGUGAAUUAUUUCUGGUUGAAAAAAUCAUUCACGGAUAUCCCCCAUGAAAGCGAAGACAAUACACAGUGGGUCGAAAUGAAAUAAUUGAUGUUCAAACAACCGCAGUGGAUCGAAAGAAGAGCCCAAGAAUAAGUAAGCGAAAAAACACCACCACGAGAUACGGAAAGACGACGACGAUUGUUUGCCACGAAAAAGUACACCAUUUUACCCAGCGGAAAUUUUUGUAUGGUGAAGAAAAAUGCAAAAUUGCAAGUGGUGAUAAGUUUUGACAAGCCAGACGACAACGAAGAGGGUGGCAUGUAUUUUUUUGUACUCAGUGCGAUAAAAAUUAAUAUUUGUGUUUGCUUAUUUAAUUCGGGUUGAAAAUUGUGUGGCCCAUCAGCAGUUCGCGUGAAGUGAAAAAAGGCGGCCUACUAAGAACGUCGUGAAGGGCGGACGACGGGUUGUGACGAUGGAGAAUGUGAUGAAACGAAAAAGGAGCGCCAUUACGGUGUCUGGGAUUUCGGCUCUGUGUUGAGAAGCGCAGACGUACAUCUUCUAUGAUGUUAUCCAACAAUCAUGUGAUCGUGCGGUCCAAAGUCCGAGCCGCGUGAAGCUGAUUUUCGGAUGCAAUACACAAAGAAGUGCUGUCCAUGUAUUGUAGAAACAAUAACGAGAACAACAAGUGAUUCGGUCGCUUCAGUGACGUGUUCAACAGAAAAAAAAAAUAGAAACCCCGGUGGUUCAGUUGUUGUUUGCCGUGUAUUUAGAAGACUGCCGAUUACCGUUAUUCAAAGUUCAAAAAAACAAAGUGGCAUUCUGCCGUCGGUCGUGCAACAAAACAACACACUGUGGUGUGAGUAAACAGGUUGUUUUGUUGCGAAUGCGCAAAUAAUACACGGCGGCGCGAGUGGCAACGGCAGUGCGCCGGCUGGAAGAACAACAGCUUCGACAAUAACAACACCUCCGUGCGCUCCAUCAAGUCAGCGAGCAUCGGGGCAGGAGAAAGCGAAACGCUGCUGCGCUGUUGGACGAAUAGCGAUCCGGAAGAGCGGUCGUCACUUCGUCAUUGGUGAAAAGUGCUGCGAGACCUUUGCGCAUUUCGCUGUGGGGAAAGAUUUUCCCUCUGAAUGUGCGUUCGGAUUAGUAGAGUGAAGAUUUGCAAAGUUUUAUGCAUAUUAUUGGGAUGGUGAAUAGAUUAAUUGUGGAACAGGGAUAAUAAUUAUAUUUAAAUCAAUCAAGUUGGUGCUACAACAAGUUCGGUGCUAAAUAGUAGAGCAAGAUGGGAAUGAAGUUCAAUUACGAUUACUGGGCCAACCCAGAGGAGCACACCGAGAUAACGUUCUUUCUGCCGAACGGUGUGCUCAUAAUACUGAAAUAUUCAAUCUACACAACACUUCAGGAUUUAAAAGCGGAUGUCUGGGAAGAGGCGGAACGCUACCCCCUGUACUGCCACCUCGGCGACAAGUCGAUGUACUUCUUCAGUACGAUAUCCAGCGCCAACAACAACAGCUACGAGCUGAACGAUGAAACCAAACGACUGAUCGAUAUCCAGCCAGUAUUCUGCAUGUUCCGGUUCGUGGAGAAGCAGGUUUCCGUGAACAACAAGCUUAUCAACAACAUCACCAACCUGCUGGGGAAGACCCUGUCGGAGAAAACCCUCAAGAACCCGGAGGUGAACGAUUUCCGCACCAAAAUGAGCUACCUGUGUGAGGACAUUGCCAACAAGCGUGCCACCAUGAACCGGAUGCAGCGGAUAGCGUACCAAUAUCCUCCCAAGUUGGUCAGUAGCCAGCACAUACCGGAGGUUGUGAAGAAGCGCAUGAUCAAUGGGGGGGAGUUUUGCGUGGUGGCCAAAUGUUCCGACAUUGCCGUCACGGUGAAGAUUCCGUGCACCGCAACACCCACCGAAGUGAUAAAGCGCAUUUUAGAGAAGAAGCAAAUACUGGCCAAUACGCGGAAUGAGAACAGUUUCGAUUUCAUCCUGAAAGUAUGCGGUCGGGAGGAGUACCUGUUCGGUGAUUACCCGAUUAUAAACUUCCAGUAUGUACAGGACUCGUUGUCUCGCGAAGAAACACCAACAUUUGUUCCCAAGUUGCUUCGCAAUGUAGAUAUUUUUGAAGAUAAUAUUUAUGAAAUUCCGGAAGAUAUUACUCAACGGACGAACAGUACCGGCAGUCGGCAACCUGCACAAACGUUGCGGAAGGUGAAGUACGUUCCCAGUUGGGACACAGAUGGUCCGUUCCAGUGUACGGUGAAAGAGAUCACCGCUCUGAAUUGUGAUGCGAAUCGGAACGUGGAGGUUGGCAUCACACUUGGGCUGUUUCACGGAGGGAAAUCUCUUUGUAAAACGGUGAAAACCGAUUUGGUGGCGUUGAAUGGUGGACGUGCGGUGUGGAAUACGAAUGUGGUUUUUGAUAUUGAUGUGAAAAAUGUUCCUAGGAUGGCGCGGUUAUGUUUAGUUAUUUAUGAAUUAGUUAGGACGGCGAAGGGCACCGGUGUAAGGGCGCGUCGUACCAAGGACGGGUUUAUGAAUCCCAUCGCUUGGGUUAAUACCAUGUUGUAUGAUUAUAAAAAUCAGCUGAAAUCGGGCCCGGUGACGUUGUACACGUGGACCUACGCAGAAGACUUGCAAUCGGAAGAUGUUCUGCAUCCGCUGGGUACGGUGGAACCGAACCCGCGACGGGAUGAGUGUUCCUCGAUAAUUUUAAGCUUUCACAACUAUUAUAAUGAACACAAGAUCGUGGUGUACCCGUCGGAGGAACAGCUAAUGGAUCAUGCCAAUAAGAUGCGGCGCGUCAAUAGGCAUCUGAAUCGGGACAGUGCGGAGGAGGUUCGGCCCAUUAAGGAUAUUCUGUCGAUGUAUAUGCACAACGAUAAGCUCACCGAUAUGCACGAGCAGGAUCGAAAUGCGAUUUGGGCAAAGCGGAGAGAGUGCAUGAUGCUGGAACCGGAUGGGUUGCCGUGUUUGCUAUACUGUGUGGAAUGGAACGAUCGAAAUGAGGUUGCCGAAAUGGUAUCACUACUGCAAGAGUGGCCAAUUCUCAAGGUGGAACGUGCUUUGGAGCUGCUCGACUACGCCUACGCCGAUCAGUACGUCCGGCGGUAUGCGGUCAAAUGUCUGCGAACCAUCCAGGACGAUGAACUGCUGCUCUACCUGCUGCAACUGGUGCAAGCUAUGAAGCACGAAUCUUACCUUUACAGCGAUCUGGUCGACUUUUUGCUGCAACGAUCGCUCAACAACCAGCAUAUCGGACACUUCUUCUUCUGGCAUUUACGAUCGGAAAUUCAGGUUCCCUCCGUGCAAGUUCGGUUUAGUCUCAUUCUGGAAGCGUAUUUAAAAGGCAGCCAAGAACAUAUAUCGAUACUGCUAAAGCAGAUGCAGUGCUUAAGAAAGCUGCAGCAAGGUUCCGAGUUGGUCAAAAAAGGAAACAAAGAGAAGGGAAAGUCAUUACUGAUGGAUUACCUGCAAGAUAAACCCGUUGGCGAUGCAUUGUCCGACGUGAUUAGUCCGCUGAAUCCAAGCUUCCGGUGUAAAGCGGUUCGCAAAGAGAAGUGCAAGGUUAUGGACUCCAAAAUGCGACCGUUGUGGAUUGUGUAUCAAAAUUCCGACAUCAAUGGUGACGAUAUUAAUAUGAUCUUCAAAAACGGGGAUGAUCUCCGGCAGGACAUGCUGACGCUUCAAAUGCUGCGAAUCAUGGAUCGAAUAUGGAAAAGUCACGGAUACGAUUUUAGAAUGAAUCCGUACAGUUGCAUAAGCACCGACCGCCGACUGGGAAUCAUCGAGGUGGUGCUCAACGCUGAAACCAUUGCCAACAUUCAGAAGGAGAGGGGAAUGUUCUCAGCCACAUCGCCGUUCAAGAAAGGGUCGCUUUUGACGUGGCUCAAGGAACAUAACACGACGGAGGAGAUGCUGGCAAAGGCAAUACAGGAGUUCACGCUCAGCUGUGCGGGGUACUGUGUUGCGACGUACGUCCUAGGGGUGGCCGAUCGGCACUCCGACAACAUUAUGGUGAAAAAGACUGGUCAGCUGUUCCACAUCGAUUUUGGCCACAUAUUGGGUCAUUUCAAGGAGAAGUUUGGUUUUCGGCGCGAGAGGGUCCCGUUCGUGCUGACGCAUGAUUUUGUCUAUGUGAUCAACAACGGGCGAACCGAUCGAGAAGCAAAAGAGUUCCGCCAGUUUCAGCAUCUUUGCGAAGAGGCAUUUUUAAUCCUACGAAAGCACGGAUGUCUCAUCCUAUCACUGUUUGCCAUGAUGAUCUCGACCGGUCUACCCGAGCUGUCGUCGGAGAAAGAUCUCAACUACCUGCGGGAAACUCUGGUUCUCGAUCUGCCGGAGGAGGACGCGCGUACCCACUUCAAGUCCAAAUUCAGCGAAGCCCUCGCCAACUCGUGGAAAACGUCCCUCAACUGGGCCUCGCACAACUUCUCCAAAAACAACAAACAGUGACAGUUGCGUAACAAUCUCACAAUGUAAAAUAAUGUUGUCUAGCAGUGCUGCAGUGGUCUAACUUCUGGAAGUUGAGAACAGGACGUCGACCGUUCUGGACGUAACUCUUGCGUUAAAUUACAUUUUGUUAUCAAACGUUUACGCUAAUACGAAUCAUGUUAGAAUCUUCUAGUCGAUACGGUUCGAAUUGUAUCUUCAAUGAUUAAAACAAUACUUCUUAUUUUCUAUUUAACACUAUUUACAGAUAUGUUCGUCCAUUUCUAAUCAAAUGUCUAACAUCAUGCGAGAUGUAAUGUUUUGAAUAAAUAGCUUUUAUGGAAUAUUAGUUUCAGUGACACUAGACUCAUUUAGGUAUACGUUUGAAUGAGUUAUGUAUUUAUACGACACGGAUGUUGACUAGAUACCCAUGGUCAGAUUUCAAAACUUAAGAAAAAAAAUUUGCUUCAGGCGUUAAUUAGUUGUGUCAACUUUUAAUGAUGAGUCCACUUUAAAGGCAAAAUUGAGGCAAUAAAUGUCUCAUGAGAAUAUGUCUUAGAAUUGUCCAUAGCUUCUGUGAGUACUCAUUAUUUGUAAGAAAUGGAUUUCGGGAUUUCUUUAAAAAUUGAGGGGUUGAUAUGGUCAUUUUAGCUGGACAAUAGAUUGAAAAUUGUCUACAUCACACUGAAAGAAUAAAACCAAUUUCUCAUCAUAGAUUUAUCACAAAGUUAUUUCGACACAAGAGGGGCUAGAUCAAAAAUGCAGGCACGUUGUUUCUAUAGUGUACAGUUUAAACAUUUGUGCAUAAGCAAUUCGCAUCUUAAGUAGUUAAUUUUAAAGUUUCUGUUGUUCUUUCAUUAUUAAGGUAAAUAAAACCAAAAUUAGAACCACAA